AUGUCUGGAGCUACUUUAGUGGCCUCUCUGCCGUCGCGCAUAGCGUCGCUGGUUCAUUCGCAUUUCGAUGCUCUGCCUACUCGCAGUAAGCCAAGCAUCUUUCCAGAUGGCUCGAGGGAGUGGAUUCCAAUGACCGGCAUUGUUGCUGUCAAAGAAGAAAAUACAUCUUUGGAGAGCCUGCACUGCAUAGCUGUCACAACCGGCGCAAAAUGUCUGUCCGCCUCUCAUAUCCCCCGCUGUCGGGGUCUCGUGCUCCACGAUUGCCACGCAGAGAUAUUAGCCCUCCGCGCCUUCAAUUACUGGCUUCUUACUGAAUGCCAUGGCUUUAUAGCCGAAGAAAUGAAGUGCAAGAAUACUCCAACCUCCUCAUUCGUUCGCAGAAGAAACCAGUCAAAUCAGGACCCGGCAUCAGCCUCGUCAAUAGACUGGCCCCCUUUUGAGCUUCAACCUGACGUCAAAAUUUACAUGUACUGUACCUGCGCACCCUGCGGUGAUGCAAGCAUGGAGCUCUGCAUGGCAACCCAAGAAGAUGCCACUCCAUGGGAGGUAACACGCGACGCCAAUAUUGGCCCGAAUUCAGAAAGCGCCGAAGAAAGCAUGCUCGAUGGACGAGCUCACUUCUCUCUCCUUGGAAUAGUUCGUCGAAAACCGGCGCGCACAGAUGCGGAAUCUACGCGAAGCAAGUCCUGUUCCGAUAAAAUUGCAUUGAGGCAGGUCUCUUCUUUGCUAUCGUGCGAGACUACUCGUCUCGUCGCCCCUACUGCGAACAGUUACUUGGCUGGCUUCAUUCUCCCCGAGGAUGAGAUUAGUCGUGUUGGAUGCGAUCGAUCAUUUGGACAGAAUGGGCGAAUGGCAGCUUUGGUGGGACGGUCGUGGCCGGAUAUCCAGGACUGCGCAGAGAAUCAAGUUGGGUUCCGAUUUCGACCAUUUGACAUUCUUUCGGUGCCUGCAGAAGAAGUCCAUGCAAUGUGGCAGUUCUCGAAACCCAAGCCUACAGAGGUCUUGCCUAAGAAGAGCAAGCCGGGGAACGCGAGUGCAGUAUGGACAGCGGCGCCGUCAUAUUCUCAUUCAUGCGUGAUAAUACCGGAUACGGGGAGCAAAAGCUUGCCUGCUUUGCGACGCUCCAAGACGGGGAUAUAUGAAACUCUUGUCAAUGGAGUGAAACAGGGGAACAAGGCAUCUGCGCCAGGUCCGCGGGGUGCUUCAUCGCUAUCUAGAGCUAAGUUGUGGGCUCUUCUCGACGAUAUUGUUUCUUUGAGAGCUUGCCAUACCAGUCUAGAGACUGCUACAGACUUGAAGCGGCAUGCAGAGAGUGUUCCGGCUGAGCAAUAUUUGGAGACACCUCGGCGAACAAUUCAACAUCUCAAGACGUACGAAGACUUGAAACGGAUUGGUGACCGCCUGGAAGAUCCGCUACGAGUUCGUGAAGAAGCCACUCAAGAUGCUAAGAAAGUUCUCAAAGGCUGGUUACCUAAUGCGAAAGACGAUAGCUGGGGAUUAGAUGUACUGGUUGAUCCUAAGAAGCGAAAGCGUUGA